AUGCAAAGGAACUUCAAAUCCCCAACUUCUGUUCUUCAGUUUGAGAGCAAAAGCAACCCUAUUGUGACUAGAAAUGGGAGUUGUUUUCUAGUUAGGCAUACUCCUCAUCCCAGAAGAGUCUGCCAUAUCAAAGGUUUGAAUAACAUUCCGAUCUGUACUGUGAAUGACGAUGAGCUUGCUCUCGGAGACCUGUAUGGUGUUAGCCAGUUUGACCAGUUAGAGAAGGAUGAGAUACCACUUGCCAAAUGCAAUUAUCCACCGAGUCCUGCUGCCCCAGAGAGUCCUGUCAGAGGAGUGUCACCAGCCCAAAGCAGAGUCAAAAUGCCCCCAAGACCUCAUUCAGAGCCCUGCAGAAAAUUCAAUGAGUGCUUCAAAACUUCCAGUGAAAAUCCCUUAGUAAUUAAAAAGGAAGAAAUUAAGGUUAAAAAGUCACCAUCACCUCCAAAUGCAUGCUAUACUGCUGGAUCCUGCUCUUCAGAGGCAAUGAGCACCAAGGCUGAUGUCAAAGAGAACACUGUUUGCAUACCAAACUAUCUGGAUCAAGAAAUAAAGAUCUUGGCAAAGCUSUGUGACAUUUUACAUACUGAUUCUCUGGCAGAAGUUACACAGUGGCUGCUUCAUGCAAGUACAAAAGAAAAAGAGUGGAUCUCAGCUUUAAUUCAUUCUGAGCUGGCUGAGAUACAUUUAUUGGGUCGCCACAGAAGAAACACCCCAGCRGAACCAGCAGGAGAGACUGGGAAGCCAUCUGCAGUUAAAUCACCCACUAGGAUCAAAUCUCCCCCAAAUUCACCUGCAAAGUCAAAGGUGCUGACUGGAGCUAAGGAUGGAUAUCAACCAACCAGAGCAUCAAGCCAAGAAUCUGCAGGAAAUAAGGAAGUAGCAAAAGGAGCUGAGCACAAGACCCCAUUGUUUAUAAGAAAAAACAACAUGAAAAUACCUAUUACAGAAUAUUUCAGCAAACCAAAGUCUCCUUUCAGGUCUAAUAAUCAGGAGAGUUAUAUUAUUGGGUCAGCAAAACCAAUGUCUGCAAGGAGUAUACAAGGAUACAAUCUUUGUCCUCAAAACUUGUCUUAUCCUUUAACAUACCAAAGGUAG